AUGUCGUCGCCAACAGGAUCCAACGCAAGCGCCGGCAUUGUCUUAGUUGCGGUCAGUUGGACGUUCUUCGUCGUCUCCCUGGUUGUCGUUGCGCUACGCUUCUACGCCGAUAUCUUCAUCAUACAUCUCGUGAGGAUAGACUCCUACCUUACCUUUCUGACCUUCCUGUUGGUCAUUGUGUCGCAAGUUUUUACGCAAAUUAGCGUUCACUAUGGAAUGGGGACGCACAUCGAUGCCUUGACCCCCAAUGCCGUAGUAUUGGCCCUCAAAUAUUGCUGGGUCGCGCAGCCCUUCCAACUGCUCGCGCUGGCAUUCGGGAAGAUCGCAGCAGUGACAUACCUAGCAACGAUCCACGGACCGCGCAACGCAAAUAUCAAGCUAGCAUUCCUGUGGAUAGUUGGCCUGGUCCAGCUAUUGAGCGGCAUUGUGAUACUCGGGUUCAUCUACUCGCAGUGCUCGCCCAUGACAAAGCUCUGGAACGUAGAAAUUCCUGGUACAUGCAAUGGUCGGGCAAGGAAUGUAUAUAUGGCGUAUCUGGAUGGAAGUGAGUCGACUAUCGCUCUGGCACAUGGUCCAAGGAAUGAUGCUGAAUAUCUAGGCCUCUCUGCGUUCUCUAAUCUGUGUAUCUCCCUGUAUCCAACUUUGAUAUUCUGGAACCUGCAGAUGAAGACAACGAAAAAGGUCGUUCUUUGCCUUUUGUUUGGAACGGGGGUGAUAGCCGCUGUUUGUGCUGUGUUCAAGACGACUAAGGUUAGCACGCUGGGGAAAACGACCGAUAUUACAUAUGAUAUGACGGGUCUGAUGACCUGGACCGCUGUGGAACAAUACACCGUCCUCCUAGCCGGCUCUAUCCCACCCCUCCGCCCGGCCAUCAAAGAACUCUUCAACAAAGCCUCAAGCACGACCUACUACCGCAGCCGCAACACCAACACGCUCCGCCUGGACGAUGAAGCCACACUCACCUCAUCCACAGUAUCACCAGGCAAAACCUCAGCAUACACAGUAGGCACCAAGGGACGGUCUGAGGCUUUUAAUGGAAAGAGAGAUAGUACGGAGAAAAUACUCAGCGAGAUGGGCGAGGGCGGAAUCAUGAUGACGACGAGAAUUGAAGUAGAGAACAGGAUUUAUGCACAGAGGAUGAAUGCGAGUAGGGAUCAGAUGGUUGCGAGGAACGGGAGGGAAGGGGUUUGA